AUGCCGACAGAUAUCUCUUUCUUGGGAAUUAACUUCCAUUUCCCAGAUAAGAAGUACGCCAAAUCUGAACCAUAUGUUCUGAGAAGGCAAGACAUCACCAUUCAGUAUAGCAACUUGUUGGCAUGGAUAUUGGUGGCGGUUGUUGUGUCCAUUCCGGUGGUGAAUACGUUGCGUGCCAAUGGUUACUGGGUAUUCAACCAUAUCCAUGUUCUACGGUCUACCAACCAUAUCUUGGAUUGGCUCACCAAAAGAUCGGUUCUUUCAGAUCGUCUGGCUAUGCGCUUUCGUAAUUUGGCCAGUACGGUAUACCUGAACCACGGCACUGCGUUCCAGAUCGGGCUCUGGGUCACUGUGUUCAUUGGGCUUUGUUCAGUCAACCUUUGUGGAGGCGACAUUAUGUUUCUUGGGAAGAGAUUGGGCCGAUUGUGUGUAGUUUCUUUGCCCACGGUGUUUUUCUUGACCCUCCGACCCUCGCCGCUCCCCCGUACAUUGUAUCUUUCAUUACUCCCCAUUCAUAAGUGGCUAUCUCGAGCAGUGGUUCUCCUGGCGCUCGGCCACACCGUCAUCUACUGCAUGUAUUUUGUCCAUAACAAGACGCUUUUCAAGGCGUGGAAGCCUGCCAAUUUGUACGGUUGGGCCGCUGUCUUGGGCUUCUUCUUCUUGGCCCUCACUUCUCUACUGCGUGUGAGGGACAGAGCCUACAAGGUAUUUUUCUUUAACCAUUACUUUUGGAGUUGGGUCAUUGUCUUAUGUCUUCCAUUUCAUGUGCGUCCAGUGAACACUACAUAUGCCAACACUGCCAAUGUGGCCUUGUUACUAUAUCAGGCCUUUGUCCGUGUUCGCAUGACCCUGCUGGUCUCGCAAAGAGGUGAUUUCCGAGUCAUGGAUGUCUCCCCAAACAUGGCUGUCAUCGAAUUUCCAAAUGCGUGGCUCAAAACCCGCGCGAACAACCCAGGUGCUCAUCUUCGCAUCACCAAUUGGCAUCCCAACAUUAUUGUGCGGCUAUUCAAAUUCCUCAUUCCAAAUUUCCACCCAUAUACAUUGGUUACCUUACCUCUGGACAGAUUCCAGCGAUUAAUUGUUCGAAAGGGUGCAUUUAAGUGGGAUACAAACCGACGUUACAUUAGUUAUGGUACAUUUGAUCCAAAGCUUCUAUUUAUUGACUCAACCAACACCACUGAUCUGAAGUUUUCAAUUUCGAAAUUGACGGUUAAGGCUAAGAAAAUGUUGAUUGUUGUGGGAGGUUCUGCUAUCUCGUUCGCUAUUCCAAUUUUGCGGGUAGCUAACUAUCAUGGAAUCCCCAUCAAGGUUGUUUGGAUUCUUCGUGAUUACAGAGAUCUUGCUGUUCUCAAGUGCUUUGAAGGAUUUGUGCAUGGAGAUGAAUUUGAAAUCUUUGUUACCGGCGGCUCUGGAGUCGCCGAUAGUACAAAAGCCGCUACAAGGCAGCCAAGCUACGGUACUUUCAAACUUUCGUCGAAGCAGCUUGGGCUGGACUUGGAACAAAAUGAAAGUUCUUUCCUCAAUCCAGAUGCAAGGGAUGAGGUGCCUAUUCAGGAGUUUGAAAAUGUCGAUGUUGAUUUCAUCGAAACAGAAGAGGACGCAUAUCAAGAGGAGUGUCAGAACACAUUCAAUGCGGACAAUACACAACUCGAAACCUCUUCUAUAAACUCAAGCGAUUCACAUGAGGUUCAAGCGCAUGGUUUCGACGAUUUCCUUCCUCAGAUGGACCGAGCCACCUCGAUGUCACGAAAGUCCAGCACGUCCGGUUUUAACGAGCAAUUCACGCCUAACUUGGACUCCAGCAAUCCUCGCGACAACGACUAUAUACGCACAGUGCAAGAUCUCCACUUGGAGCACCGCAUUUACAAAGGUCGUCCAGUGUUGAACUUCAGAUAUCUUAACUGGUGUCAGGCAGCAAAUGAUACAUUCACACAAUGUUCGGGCCCAGUGAUGGACGAGGAAAGCAAUCUUGUCUGUUGCAAAGACCUUCCUGAGAGACAGCACAUGAUUAGUGCGGAACUAAAGCCAGCAGAUUUAGCAAAAGUGUGGGUGAUUUCGGCUGGGCCGAAAUCUUUAGUUAAAAACACCAGAUUGUGGGCCAAUGAAAAUGGACUCAAGUAUCACGAAGAAGCUUUUUAUGUCUAA